AUGUGACCUUAGAAAAUGGUGAAUGUACGGUGAAUGUACGUGAAAGUAAAGUGCUGAAUUUCGUAUUAUUCAUUUCCUGACAUGAGAGGAGUACAAUUCAUGUCUGAGAUGAGCGCAAGCUCCACUCCGUCUACAGGGAUCCUGCUUAUCUACACGCCACGGUGAAGAUCUACUUGGACCCGUCAUCGGAGGUUGGAAUGCACAGAUAGAGAUCACAGCAAGAUCACAUGGCAGCUAAUGUUACAUAGUUCGGUCUAGAUACAGGAGGCGCAUGUGGAUACACCAAACGCCCGCAUCAUGGCAGAUAGCGCUGAGCAAGAAGUCGGCUCUCGACUCUCGACUGACAGCACAACGGGUCUCCUUCCUUCCUCUUUGCAUUCGGCUUCGCAAGGUGCGGAAAUGGGAAAUGGUCACGGAAACGAAGAAGCAGGCCAGCAGCAAGGAGGAGGCGGGAUAGACGAUGCUAGAAUCGUUCGCCGCAUCGACGCCCACAUGCUGCCCCUCCUCUUCGUCACCUACAUGUUCAACUUCAUGGACAAAACCAUUCUAUCCUCGGCCUCGGUCUUCGGCCUGCGCGAAGACAACGGCCUCGAGGACAACCAGUACUCCUGGGUCUCGAGCGCCUUCUACUUCGGAUACCUCGUCGCGACGUACCCCGCGACCCUCCUCGUUGCUCGCCUCCCUGUGGCCCGCUACCUGGGCGCCAACACGCUCUUCUGGGGCGCGGUGGUAGCGCUCACGGCUGUUUCGCAUAGUUUUGGCGCGUUGUUUGUUUUGCGGUUCCUGCUCGGCGUCGCUGAGGCCUCGGUGUCGCCCGCCCUCGUCUUCAUCACGAGCACUUGGUACACGCGCGACGAGAUCCCCACGAGAACGGGGAUUUGGUUCGCGGGGAACUCGGUCGGCGGGAUCGUCUCGUCGCUUCUUGCGUACGGUCUUGGCCACGUUCGUGACCACAUCGGGCCUUGGCGCUGGAUGUUCAUCGUCCUCGGCGCGUCGACGUUUCUCCUCGGAGCAGUCCUAUUGCUGUUUCUACCGAAUUCUAUUGCCAAUGCGAAGUUCCUUAGCCCCAAGGAGAGGAAGUGGGCGGUCGAUCGCGUCGUCGUCGCGGGACUUGGAUCUACGGCGAAGACGAGCUGGCAAUGGAAGCAGAUGCGUGAGUGUCUCAUCGAUCCGAAGACUUGGAUCAUAUGGUCCUUGGCCCUGCUCUGUCAGAUCCCGAAUGGCGGUACACAAAACUUUGCCAAUAUCGUCAUCAAAUCGUUCGGUUUCUCGUCUCUUCAGUCGACGCUGAUCAAUAUCCCGUACUCAUUUCUUAGCAUUGCAGCCAUUUCGGGAACGGGCUGGGUAGCUGGGCGUUUUCGAUCCUUAAACUGCAUCUUGAUCGCCCUAGUCGUGCUUCCGCCCAUCGUCGGGUCUGCGCUCAUUUCCACCCGCGCAGCUAUCCCUCAUGGCGUUUCACUCUUUGGAUAUUUCCUCCUCGCCACGGGGCCCGCGGCCCUCCCGCUUCUCUUGUCCCUUGUGCAGUCUAACUUCCGUGGCGUCACCAAGAAAAUGACUAUGACGGCCCUGUUGUUUAUUGCCUAUUGUGCGGGAAAUAUCGCCGGCCCACAGCUCUUCAUCAACGCCGAGGCGCCGACCUACGACACCGCGUUCCGCGCUAUCUUGAUUUGUUAUUCGCUUGUUGUGGGAUUCGCUUUGGGGCUAAGGGCUUAUUUGGCCUUUGUAAAUAGGCUGAGGCGGAGAAGGGAGGGUGUUGAGGGGAGUGAUGGAGCCUCAGGCGCUGUGGCUGAUGGCAAAGUCGUCGAUCUUAGGCAUGGACAUGGCGCCGUUGGGGAGCUAAGAUUACGGCCUGGGGACUAUGAGGAUGUUACCGAUUGGGAUACUUUUGGUUUCCGAUACAGACUCUAGUUGUCAACCAUUUGUGAAGAUCUUCAUCGAGUCUCAUCAUAGUGCUCUGGUGUUCAGGUUAUGUCGUGAUAUUCAACUUCAGAGCUACGUCUAGAGAUAUGCCUAUGAGGCGAUAAUCGCCCGUAACCUUGCAGUUACUCAUGCCUAUAGUCUUAGGUUUGGUCAUCAACCACGGUCAUACCACAAGAAAAGAAGUGUAUCUGUGUCUCUUGUACAAU